AUGUCUGCCCACUUGACGGCCGUCUACACUUCGCCCACAGCGACCAACACCUUCUCCGCCCCGCUGUCGGUCAUUCAAAUGCAAGAAGACAUCAACCAGUACUUGACAAAGAAGAUGGACGAAGACAAGGCUGCCACUGAGGGUGCUGCCAACUCAAAGGAUGAAGACUUGGAAGAGCAAAUGUACGGCGAGGAACUCGUCGAUGAGGAUUGA